GUAUCCGCUCCACUGCGCAUGCGCGGCCGGCGGUUCGCGGUUGUGCCAACGGGGAGAGGAUGUUGCUAGCAGCCCGUGAAGAUCCGCUGCCUUUUUCACAACAAUAAUAUCCAGCAAAUCUGUGUCUCGGCUCAACGUUUCUGGAGAUUAUAUCGCAAACGCUUCGGAAAUCUGUGCACUUGGAUCGCAGGAGGCUGAUUUGGCGUUGGUGUUUCGGGGCUACAUCAUCUGUUGACAAUGGGAGCGGAGGGGUUUCCAGAUUUGCAAGGCUCCUUUUUGCAGGAGCAGAAGCAACAAUCAUGGCUGGCCAGCUAGGCCGCAGACGGAGGUUUUGUAGCACACGACAGUCGUGUUUGGAUAGAAGAUACGCCGCGUUGGCUUGGUCUUAACCUUUACAGGAUUUUAUCACACCACUGUCGUCUAUUUUUGUUUUUGUGAAGCCCUUAAGACAACCUAGCCUAGCCGCUAGCCCUGCAACCUUGACUGGUUUGCGUCGUCGUUAGCUGAUUAGCCGGCUAACGACAGCUAGCAUUUCUAGGCUAGCGGUUUUUGUCCAAAACAUUUUCAUUAACACACUCCUUGUUGGAUUACUGCUCGUCGUUGUUCGCGCGAUUGGCAUUCGCAUCACUUGUUUAAUUUGUUACUUCUACCCUGGAUGAAUGUGGGACAAAAUGGAGACCCCGACGAUUGUGUACGAUUUGGAUACCUCCGGGGGCUUAAUGGAGCAAAUUCAGACACUUCUGGCGCCCCCGAAGUCCGAGGAGGUGGAGAAGAGGAGUCGGAAGUUGGGGAGAGACGUUCGUAGAAGCGGCAGGGCCACCAACCACGACACCUGCGACAGUUGUAGGGAAGGUGGCGAUUUGCUGUGCUGCGACCACUGUCCGGCAGCCUUCCACCUCCAGUGCUGUGACCCACCCCUGAGUGAAGAGAUGCUUCCCCCAGGAGAAUGGAUGUGUCAUCGCUGCAAUGUUAGAAAAAAGAAAAGAGAGCAAAAGUCUGAGCAGACAAAUGGCCUACUGGAAAAGGCCUCUGCUAAGCACUCUUCCUCCCCAGCUACGGAGCUGGAGCUCAGUGCUGGGCCAUUGCGUCUUGAUGGCCUACCUCCAGGAGCCGGAGCAGCAGGCCCUGGUCUCCGAGUGGCCCAGGUACGCCUCUUGGAUCGUAGGAGUAGCAGCAGGCCAAGCAGCCGGCCAGGCACGCCAACUUCCAAUACUUCGUCAACCCCUACUCCCUCAGAGGAGCAGAAUGAUGGAGAAGAGGAGGCAGCCGAGCCAGAGGAUGAUUUUCAGGGCACUGAGCUUGAGAGCACGGCAUUGUCUGCUCCAACCCCACGUCUUCUCAAGAGGCCCUUUCAGCUGCUCAUAGCAGCCGCCAUGGAGCGAAAUCCCACGCAAUUCCAGCUUCCCAGUGAGCUCACAUGCACCACUGCACUACCAGGGAGCAGUAAACGGAGGAAAAAGGAGGAAUUACUGGGGAAGCCGUUCAGGCGACCGCAGUAUGAGCUCGACCCCAAUGGUCUGGUACCUUUACCGGUCAAAGUCUGCUUCUCAUGCAACAGGAGCUGCAGGUUGGCUCCCUUGAUCCAGUGUGACUAUUGUCCUCUCCUCUUCCACACGGACUGUCUCGACCCGCCGCUUACAGCUUUACCUGCUGGCAAAUGGAUGUGCCCAAAUCAUGUGGAGCACUUAGUGCUGAAUCAGAGGAGCCUCAGCUUGUCCAGCCGCUGUCAGCUAUUCGACCAGUUCCAGGACAGAAUGUCCCAACAUGCUGUUAAGUUGGACUUCCUGCGCAGAGUACAUCGACAGUAUUCACCCAACUAUCGGACCACUCGGCAGUACAACAAAAAGACCAUCAAGGUGCCAGAUGCCAUCAAGUGUCAGUACAGAAACCCACCCUCCAGUCUGCACCCUGCUGGGAUGCGGCAGUUGGAGUUGGUCUGCAGCGGCGUCCCUGAACACCAGCACAGGAAACAUCUCACCACAGAAGAUGAGCAACAGGAGUGGCUUCAGGACGUCAUCGCCCUUCAGUGCAGCAUCAUGCGACACUUGUCUACCAAGCAAACAUCUUCAUCCACCUCAUUAUCCACAUCGCCAGCAGCACAGUGGGACUCUGACAAUAAAGACAUUUGUCAGUCUUGUACAACACCUGAGGAUGUGAAAAGUCAGCCUUCUUUAGAAAGGACUUAUUCCCCUGAUCCCUACUCCAAACUCUGCAGUGCACCCGAUGACCACCAAGGGACCUCUUCACCCAGGGACAGCAGUCUAGGACAGCAAGUUGCUUGUAAAUGCAGCGUGCCACCAUGCCAGAACUGUAGGAACCAUAAUGGACCUGUACAUGAGUGUCACCCUUCCAAGGCAAACGGACCUAUAGACUGUAAAAGCGAGUCCCAGUGUUGCAUACAGGGAGAGCUGCAAAGACUGAAACCAGACACAACCGACUCAGCUGCUGGCGGAGACCUGGUCAACCACUUAGGUGCCGAAACGCUCAAAAAGGAGCCCAGCAGCACUGCAGAGGCGUGCACUCCACAACACUGCCCCGGUUCUCCAACGAUAUGCUCUAGUAACCAACAGAACCAUCGCACCCAGGCAGAGGGCAUCAGCAGUGAUGAAACCAUCAGUGCCCGGUCCAAAACACCCCCUAAAGACAGCCAAGAUCAACACCCACCCAAUUCUGACGUAAAGACUGGCCCUGCAGUGCCAGGCACACUACUGCCCAGGACCACCACCUCCACCAUCUCACACCUCUCCAACUGCAUGAAAGACCACAUGGAUGAUAAGGGGGGCAUCCAGCUGGACAAGUUGGAUGCAGAGAUGAUCAAAAUGCUGGCCUGGCAGAGAAUCCAACAGCUAUUCCCUGGCAAAGACCCCGACACCCGUCCUACAGCCAGCAGCGACACUCCCAAGCCCCCCACACCCGUCCGGGACUAUCAGAAUAAGUUGCAAGCCCGAGCGGUCUUCUACCCGCUGACAGGGAAAGGCAAAUCUGUCAGCAUGUGCUAUAGGACGUUAUACAUAGGAUCUGGUGCUGAUAUGGACGUGUGCCUUACAAACUACGGUCAUUGCAACUACAUAUCGGGGAAGCACGCCUGUAUAUUCUAUGACGAGAACACCAAACAUUACGAGCUGCUCAACUACAGCGAGCACGGGUCCACAGUCGACAACGUCCUUUACUCCUGCGACUUCUCUGAAAAGGCCUCGCCAUCGCCACCUAGCGGCCUGGUGGCUAAAGUCCAGGGUAUCAUCAGUCGUAGCAAGAAGUGGAGUGAUGGCGAGGCUCCCGGGUCGGUGGUGGGACUGUUCCCAGCUGGCGGAGUGAUGAGCAGCCACCCGCAAGGCGCUUUGGAGAAACUGUGCAGCUGCAAGGCCAGCAGCUCCAGCCUGAUCGGAAGCAGCGGUGCAGGCUGGGAGGGCACGGCCAUGCUCCACCACGGCAGCUACAUCAAACUGGGCUGCCUCCAGUUUGUGUUCAGCAUCACGGAGUUUGCCAGCAAGAAGCCCAAAGACGAAGACGCCGCCGCCGCUUCUGCCACCAGUUGCACAAGCGGCGGCGGCGGCGGUAGCGGUAGCGGCGGCUCAGCACCCACCACGAUGCCACCACCUCCCCACGCCAUCGCCAGCAGCCCCUCCAGCCAGGAUGAGAUGGAAACUGUCCCUUCCGACCAAGCGCUCGCAGUCUCCGCCCCGUAGCGCCAACAGUUCCUCCUUCUCUCCUCCUUUGCACCUCCUGCGGUAUCAUGAAGGGAAAGACAUACAGUUGGCUUGCAAACAGGAAAGCUUAACUUUUUGUAGGUCAUUGUUAAUAUCUACUAUGGUUUAUAUCUUUGCAUGAACAAGUAUUAUUGACAAUCUCUUCUAUUUUUAAAUGACUGACCUUGUGUUCACAAGUAGACCAAUGAAAUUUUUUUCAUUUUCUUUAUUACGUAUUGUGUAUCAUGAUUUUGUCUGUUUAGCACAAAUGUCUUUUUGUAGUUUUGACUUAAAUGCAUUUUUAUUUUUGCUGCUUUUGCACCACAGGUAGCUGACUUUGUAUCAUACUGUACAUGAUGCUCAUAUGUAUAUAUUAUGUAAAUGUGUAUAAUUCAGUGCCUCUCAAUCUUUGGCUUUCAUGUAGAUUCACCAUUUUGGGGAGGGGACGGGGGGUAGGAGGGUGUCACUGUACAGCCCAUGGGAUUUGUGAUACUUUGUAGAGUACCAGAUAUUUUGUGAUAAAACUCGUUCUUAGUCUGUCCUUUUCCGCGAUAGUGUCCUCUUGAAAUACCGUCUGGUUUUAUUAGCACCCAUUUUAACAUCUUGUGCUGCUUGUCCUUGUCUGUAACUGCACACUUUGUCUGUACCUGCUCGUAUCUUCUGUAAAUACAGAAAGAUUUUCUAAGUACAAACUCACAACAUCUGGUGUC